GGAAGAGUGACUGACUGAGCAAGAAAGAAAGUAGCACCGUUCGUGGCCUGUGAUUUCUGCACUUCACUCCCGUUGCUGUUCAUUUCCGAUCUCAGGAAAAUGUCUGCGAUCUUCCGUCGACUGGCUUCGAAAUCCGCCACCCCUACUCGGGCGUCUCCUGGUGGCGGAGGAGGAAGAUCACUCUUCAAGCGACUCCGUCUCCCCAUCGGCGUUGCAGUUGCUGCUGCGACUGGAGUGGCCUACUUCUGCUACGACGACACUCCGAUUACAGUUCAUGGACUGGUUGAGGUUCACCUGAAGGAACCAAGCGAAGAGAAUGCUCCGCAAGUUGUUCUCGAUCCGAAGAAGCAGACUGAAUUCAAGAUUCAAGACACUGCAACUGCUAGUCACAACAUUGAUUUGUACAGGCUUACUGUGAAUUACUCUAAGAAGCAUGGUUUGAAUGUUGCUGCAUCCCCCAUUGAAAGGAACGCUCCAGGCUCAGAUCCAGCAGUUGAGGAAGACUAUGGCCUACUGAUCAAGCUUUUUCCUGGUCCUGAGAUGAGUCGGCGUAUUGCUAGCUGGAAGGGUGCUCAUACUGUCGAGGCGAAAGGGUAGGUUCUUUGAAAAUCACGGUUAUGUUGGAGAAGAUUAAGAAUCUGCACUUACCAUCACUGUUAUUUUGUUUGCUGCAGG